AUUCAGAGAAAUAAGGAUGAAAACUGAAAGAAAAAAAAUUAACAAGGUUUUAACAAAAUAUGUUCAAUAAGUUAGGGGGAAGAACCCGCUGUACAACAGUCAGAGCAGACCAGCGACAGCUGCUACGAGACCGUCACUGACACACAGGAGCAUGGCUCAGACAUGGGGUAACUUUCUCUUCUCUCUACUCGAUUACAAGACAGAGAAAUUUAUCAUCGCAAAAAACAAAAAGGUCGGAGUUCUGUUCAGACUCUUUCAGCUGGGGGUGAUUGGAUACCUGAUCGGGUGGGUUUUUAUUUGGAAGAAAGGAUACCAGGAGACUGAGGAAGUCAUCCACAGUUCUGUGUUCACCAAACUUAAAGGUGUAGAUUUCACCAACAGCACUGAAUUUGGUCUCCAACUAUGGGGUGCAGAGGACUAUGUCAUCCCUCCGCAAGGGGACAGGGUCUUCUUUAUUGUGACAAAUUACCUAGUCACACCAAACCAAAGACUGGGUUUCUGCCCUGAGAGUCCAAAAGUGCCAGAUGGUUUUUGCACUAAUGAUCAUGAAUGCGUGGAAGGGGAAACUGUCAUAGCAGGCCAUGGAGUGAAGACAGGCCGCUGUCUAAACGACACUUGGACAUGUGAGAUUCAUGCCUGGUGCCCUGUUGAGCAAGGCCAUACACCAUUGGAGCCCUUGCUGGGAAAGGCAGAAAACUUCACAGUAUAUAUAAAGAACUUCAUCAAGUUUCCAAAAUUUGCGUUCUCCAAAUCAAAUGUCCUGCCAACCACCAACAGCACAUAUCUGAAGAUGUGCAGAUAUGAUAAGGAGAAUCACCCCUACUGUCCCAUCUUUCGUGUGAGAGAUGUGGUGCUCGGGACUGGCUACAGUUUCCAGGACUUGGCAAUAAAGGGUGGUUCUGUUGGAGUUGGAAUUGAGUGGAAUUGUGAUUUGGAUAAAGACUCUUCUAAGUGUAACCCUGAAUACAGCUUCACACGCUUGGAUACCUCUGAAAAUUCAAACCACUCUGUCACCUCAGGUUACAACUUCAGAUUUGCUCGAUAUUACAAAGAUGCAGCAGGGCAAGCCUAUCGGAAUCUAUUUAAAGUGUAUGGCAUUCGCUUUGAUAUAUUAGUGAAUGGAAAGGCUGGGAAAUUCAGCAUCAUCCCUACAGUGAUCAAUAUUGGCUCUGGACUUGCCUUAAUGGGAGCUGGCGUUUUCACCUGCGACAUGAUUCUCCUCUACAUGAUGAGCAAGAGCUCCUUUUACAGAGAGACAAAAUUUGAGGCAAUUACAAAUAGAAAACAAAAAUCUGGAAAGCACAGAGAGAAAAAGCAUACAAGACACCAUGGUCACCAUCGGCAAGAUGGACGACACAGGAGGGAGGAGAAAAAGGCAACAGAGGUGCAGCCGUUGACGUCAGUGUCAUCUCAGCCCAGUAAUAACCCAGAGGGACAGAUCCGACCCACAGGAUCAGCACUCAAAACCCACAUUCCUGAGAGAAAGCCACUGGCUACAGUAUCAUUCAGUAAUCAGCACUGCACAGAAAAACAGACCAUUUCUCCUGUCUCAUCCUUGAGAACACCACGUAACCAGUAGUAACCAGAGGAUUUCUUUUACAGACAUUGAAUACCAUUGGAUUUACUGUGGAUGUGCAAAGGGAAUUACUACAAUGGGUCUAUGCACAGUCACACAAAAAGGAAUAGUGCCAGUCCCGUGGUUAGAAUUCUCCUUGUUUCUAGUUGGCAAUGGAAGUUUUUGUUACAAAAAGCAGAAAAUUAUUUAUUAUACUGUAUAUUUAACCAGUGUUGACACCAAAAAUUGGGUCUGACAAAACAGACCAAACUGUUAAACCAUGGUUGAAUAAUUGUUGAAACAUUUAAAGAUUUGAAUGGCAAUGCUUAGAUACUAAAUAAAUCUGAAAUGGGUGAGUUGAUUUAUCUUGUGGUAGGUUUGGCCACUUUAAAUUUCUAAUAUCUAACUGUAUUGAUGAACUCUCUUGGCCUAUCAUUUCUGUCAAAUGUAAACCACACUCUCCUAAGAACAAGAAUCCUUUUCAAACAUAUGUGUCUGGAAAAAAAUCUAAAUUUCAAUUUAAAAUGUAGAAGUACUAAGUUAACUAA